AUGGAGCAGCAAAAGGUUGGAUCAGGCUGUGGGAGGGACAUCGAUGACCCCUUCCUGGAUGACAUCAUCCUCAUCGACCAGCUCGGCCCAGAGAUCUGGACAGACGGCAUCUCCAUCAGACCCUCUGGGCACGCCCUGGCAGCAGCCAUCGAGAACCCACACCUCUACACCAUCGACCUGCGGUUCAACCCCGAGGACCCCUUCUCCAGAGGGAAGCCGCCCAGGAUCGUACAAGUCUUCCCCGACUGCACCUCGGCAGUCAACGUCACCCGCCUGCGCGGCACAGAGAACGAGGAAUAUGCCGUAAUAACAGCCCACGUGGACGUACCGCGUAAAGCGAUCCGCGACGUGUGCAUCUGGCGUCUAUCGUUUGGCCCCGAUGGCCAGGACGACCCCCCAUCCUUAACCAAGAUCACCGCGCUGCCCGACGUCAUCUUCGGGUUCGGCAUGAUCCAAUUAUCAGACGACGUCCUCCUCGUCGCCGACACAACGAAAGGCACCGUCUGGCGCAUACAGAUCUCCACCGGCGAGCCCAGCAUCCUCUUCCACGACCCCGACACCACGCUGCCCCUCACCACGGAGGAGGCCUUUUGCAUGAACCGAAUCCAGGUAGCCGCCGGCUAUCUGUGGUACACCAACACGAGCCAGGCCAGGUUAUACCGCGCGCCCAUCGAGUACAUCAACGACGGGGCCGACAUCAAGGUGACGGGGCCGUCGACCAUCGUGGCGGAGGGCUGCCCGCACAACGACGGGCUCGUGGUCCUCCAGGACGGCAGCGCCUGCUACAUCAGCAGCUACGUCCUGGGCAACCUGUGGCGCGUCGACGUCGACCCCGAGACGGGCACGGGCGAGGUCAUCGACAUGCUCGACCUCGUCUCCCCCACCGCCAUGCAGCUCAUCUACCACCCGUCUGACGACAAGCCCACGCUGUACAUCGCCUCCUGCGGCGCCUGGUCCGAGGAGCAGCUCGCCGGCGAGCGCGGGAAGUGGCUCGCGCUCACCAACGCGGACCGGUCCCAGCUGAAGAUACGAGUCCACAUCACGGUCGAGACGACGGUACACUACGAGACCAUUUGA